CCCCGGGGCCGCCCCGCUCACACCAGUGAUGACAGCACCCCCACCCCCUGCUUAUUCAGCCGCUUCUAAUCACUUAGACUUCCCUAGAGAAUCCCCCGAGGAAACUGCCCUUGCCCUCUGCCCAAGAGUUCCAGGGGUCCCAGGUCCCCAUGGGCCCCCUUAAAAGAAUGUCUCUGCCACUUCAGGCCUCCUAGGCCCAGAAAGUCCCAAGGCCUGGCCAGGCUGGGCCCCGUCUCAGCCAGUGCCCCGUCUGGGCCCUCCCCCCAGCCUGACCACCAGCUCCGAUGGCAGAGGUGCCGAGACUCUGACUUCCCACUGUCUCUGGCCAUGGUUAAUCCAGCUGGGAUCCCCUGGCCUCUCUGUGCUGGGCUCUGGGAUCCCCUAGGGCUCCCCGAGGACCCACCACCACCUCCAAGAGAUAAAGGACCCUUCCUUGCAGGCCAGUAGCCUUUGAGUCCAUCCCCCCAGCCUGCCUUUGUCACAUUCCACCCCACCCCCGAGGAGCCCCAGAGGGCGUGAGUUUCUGUUGCCCACUCCCUGCCCCCAGACCACUAUGAUUUUUGCUUUAUUCUUUAGCAAGGUAUUCUGGCCUCCAGGCGAGGAGGCUCUGGUGAGCACCCCGUGCCACGGGCUCUUCAGACCCACGGGCUGGUCUGAGCGUCCAGGUGCUCCUUGGCCAAGCAGAACAUCUCAGCACACCGCCUCGGGGCCACAGGCAGACCUUCCUAAAUUCGGUUUGCGCUUGCACGUUCAGCUUUGCACGCUUUGAAUAAACACACGGUUGCAACCACACUGGUGCUAGCGCCCUGUGACUGGGGCUGCGGGAGGCUGGUGGGCGCCUGCAGCAGCGCACACGAGGAGCUGGGGCUCUGCCGACAUGGGGCGUGGCCCCUGGCACACAGCCAGUCUCUGCCCCUUCUUCCAUCCAGGAAUCCCACAGCUGGGUCCAGAGCUUUGCUGAAACCUGAACCCAGUGUCUCGGUUCUCGUGGGCAGACCAGCAACCCAAUCAGAAAGAGAAAUCCAUUCGUUCUUUGAAAGACCCAUCAGACUGUGGUUGAAUGUGUGACGUGUGUUGGAUGUGACGUCAGCUCCUGGGGAAUCCCUGCUUCUGUCUGGGUGCCCUGGAGCUGUGCUCUCCCGUCACGCCCUGUCUGUCUGUCUGUCUGUCUGUGUCCCUUCCCUUGGGGCCCUGCUUACCAGGCACUGUGGAGUCCAUGCCCACCAAGCCCCGAGUGCCAGCCUUGCAUAGGGGCACCUCUGAGCCAUAGAUUCCAGGCUGCCUGGCCCCCAGCCCAGCCCCACCCAUGCGGAUACCCACCCACCCAGACAAGGAGCUUCCUCUUAGUCGGUGGUGGCUGGCAUUCCCUCACUGGCCAGGUGGCCUGAAACUCUGGCCCCAUACCCAGCUCCCCCCCUGCAGCCCACCUAGGCAGAGUCCUCCGUGCUAAUCCCUGUCUCAGCCCUAAACACUCUAGAGUUUGUGCAUCCAGAGGGCCCCCUUUGGGGGCAUCCCAUCCCCACCCCCCUCAUCAUCUGCCCCAUCACAACUUCCUCCAAGACCUCAGAGCCUCCUGCCCUCAGGGACACCAGAUAAAACGAUCCUCCCGACCCUCAUUCCCAUUCCCAGGACAAAUGUGCUCUUGACUAAUCAGCCCCUCCCCUCCUCACUACCCCUCCCAACCCUAGUCACUUCCACUUCUCCCACUAGUUCCUCCUCCUCUGUCAGAGUCACUAAACAGCUUGCUCCUCCUCACUUCCUCCUCCCUGGGGAUCAGACUUACCGGCUGCGUUCCCAGGGUUCCGUUCCCCAGGACCCUCUCUGGCCAAUGACAGCCCAUCAGUGGACCUCAGCCUACUACUCGGGACCAGCUGCAGAGGGCUGCGAUGGGACGGAAGCCAUGAAUGGUGCCGCCUCCGGCCCCGCCGCUGCCUCCGCCACCCCAGUCCCGGACUGGCGGCAGUUCUGUGAGCUGCAUGCGCAGGCUGCCGCUGUGGACUUCGCGCACAAGUUCUGCCGCUUCCUGCGGGACAACCCGGCCUACGACACACCGGACGCCGGGGCCUCCUUCUCCCGCCACUUUGCCAGCAACUUCCUGGACGUAUUCAGCGAGGAGGUGCGCCGCAUGCUGGUGGCCGGAGUGGCUGAGCACCCUGAUGCUAUGGAGCCGGAGCCAGUGGCGCUCAAGGCGGCCUCAUGCAGCCACUCUCGGAGCUCCGAGGACGUGUCGGCCCAAGCGGCAGCCAAGGCUCGCGUCCGCAAGGGCUUCUCACUGCGCAACAUGAGCCUGUGCGUGGUGGACGGCAUGCGCGACAUAUGGCACCGGCGCGCCUCUCCCGAGCCUGACGCCACCCCACGUGCCACCGAGCCGCCGGCUGAGCCACGUGACAAGUGGACUCGGCGCUUGCGGCUGUCACGGACGCUGGCGGCCAAGGUGGAGCUGGUGGACAUCCAGCGCGAGGGUGCACUGCGCUUCAUGGUGGCGGAUGAUGCGGCCACAGGCCCGGGGGGCGCCGCCCAGUGGCAGAAGUGCCGCCUGCUCCUGCGCAGGGCUGUGGCAGGCGAGCGCUUCCGCCUAGAGUUCUUCGUGCCACCCAAGGCCUCCAGGCCCAAGGUCAGCAUCCCCCUCUCAGCCAUUAUCGAGGUCCGCACCACCAUGCCCCUGGAGAUGCCGGAGAAGGACAACACGUUUGUGCUCAAGGUGGAGAAUGGAGCAGAGUACAUCCUGGAGACCAUCGACUCCCUGCAGAAGCACUCGUGGGUGGCCGACAUCCAGGGCUGCGUGGAUCCCGGGGACAGCGAGGAAGACACAGAGCUCUCCUGCGCCCGGGGGGGCUGUCUGGCCAGCCGAGUAGCCUCCUGCAGCUGUGAGCUCCUCACCGAGGUGGACCUGCCCCGGCCCUCAGAGACAACGGCAGCUGUGGUGACGGCCCCACACAGCCGAGCUCGAGACGCCAUCAGUGAGUCCCUAGUCCACGUCCCACUGGAGUCCUUCCUGGAGACCCUGGAAUCCCCGGGCGGCAGCGGUGGCGACGGCAAUAACACAGGGGAGGAGGGAGCGGAGCCUGAGCCCGAAGAGGCACCGGAGCUGGAGCUCGCUGACUACCCCUGGUUCCACGGGACCCUGUCCAGGGUCAGGGCGGCACAGCUGGUGCUGGCAGGCGGGUCCCGCAGCCAUGGCCUCUUCGUGAUCCGCCAGAGUGAGACUCGGCCUGGGGAGUACGUGCUGACUUUCAACUUCCAAGGCAAGGCCAAGCACUUGCGCCUGUCCCUGAAUGGCCACGGGCAGUGCCACGUGCAGCACCUGUGGUUCCAGUCCGUGCUCGACAUGCUGCGGCACUUCCACACCCACCCCAUCCCACUGGAGUCCGGCGGCUCGGCAGACAUCACCCUGCGCAGCUACGUGCGGGCCCAGGGCCCCGCACCCGAGCCGGGGCCCUCGCCCAGCGCCGUGCCUGCGCCCCCCGCCUGUUGGAACGAGCCGGCAGGCCAGCAUUACUUCGCCAGCCUCGCUGCCACCUGCCCGCCUGCCUCGCCCUCGGAGGCCGGUGGCGCCUCGUCCUCCUCCGCCUCGUCAUCCUCAGCUUCAUCCCUGCCCGCUGCCCCGCGCGCCGCCGCGGAGGGCCCGCCGAGCGCGCGCAGCCGCAGCAACAGCGCGGAGCGGCUGCUGGAGGCGGCGAGCGCUGCAGAGGAGGCCCCUGAGGCCGCGCCCGGCGAUGGAUCGCGCGGCCGCACGCGUGCGGUGGAGAACCAGUACUCCUUCUACUAGCCCGGUGGCGCGGGCGGCGCCCAGACCCUGGGGCCCCCCGGACCCGCUCGCCACCGCCCCCCUGUGUCCAUCCGUCCAGCGGACCCUGUCGGCCCCAGUCUGGGCGCUGGGCGGGAAAAGCGAAGCUCUUCAAUGAAGACAUAAAUGUUAUUAAAGAGCCUGUUUUAGGGACUGCA